CGCGCCGUCAAUCAGUACAGUUCAAUUUCGUAGCUUGGUGGCUGCAAAGAGAUUUUUCAAAGGACGAGGUAUCCCAACUUCGACCAAAACGACAAAAGUGCCAUCGAGAUGGCCACGCGAUUUUCUAUCCUCCUAGUUUGCGCACUGCUUGCAGUAGCUGCGCAAGCAGUUCCACUGAACACAGCCGACGCUCAGACCUGUGCGGAACUAUGUUCCAGCUGCAAAGGAGUCGCGUCGUUCGACGGCGAUCGGUGCGAGUGCAAUAUCGAAGGACACACAAACGAAGAAGUGGAGUGCGUGUCUCGCAUGAAGCGACAGGCGGAAGAGCGAGGAUUAAACUUAUUAUCAUGCGACUUGAGCAGCGACAAGAGAUCCACUAGGUGUACGCUGGGAUUAAAGCAUAAACUUGGUAGAAACAAUAUCGAUCAAGUGGCGAAAUACUUCAUGCAAGAUGGUCCUAUCACCGGCAACAUAUUCCGAGCACCACCUCUCAUGGGAAAAAGUUCGGACUGCGUAGGAGCCGCGAGAAUCGUCACUCAGCCCGCUGAGACUUAUGAACUCCGACCUGUUCAGCCUCAGUACAUCGCGAUUCAACACAGCUACAUGGACACACAGCCAUUGGUUUCCAAUCCCGAGCCUCAGCAGUUUGUAUCGAGUCCAAAUAGCGACUGUGUGGGAGCCCAGCAGCAGCCGCAAAUGGUCUCCAGUCCGACUCCCAAGCAAUACUCUGCGCCUAAGGAAGUUGUGUCAAGCCCACCACAAGGACAGAAGCUUUCAAGCCCAAAAAGCGAUGACACAGUAGGGGAUAUUCACAAGAUAAUCACUCAACCACAAGAGACUAUGCCAGAGUCGAAAGAAGAAUCAACACCACAAGUAUCCCAGAAAUCUUCCAGUGGCUGUGGACCAGCGGUUGGACAGACUGCACCCGGUGUUGGAGCUGUCGACCCAUUAAAAAUGCUGGGCGUGCCAAGUAUCACGCCGACUCUUUUGCAAAUUCUUCGUCAGCAACUCAGUCACCCUAUGCUUGGAAUCCCACAGGCUAUUCAAACCAUAUCAAAAACUCCAGGCUUAAAUGAUUUAGUCAGCGCACCUGCACAUCUGCUCACUGGUAUAGCGCAAAGAUUAGGUCUUCCUGCCCAGACCCUAAGAACCGCGUCCGAUGCACCGAAAUCCUCAGAUGAUGACAACGUUGGUGUGCCCAAGAUGGAAGACUCCAAACCAUCUGGCGAUUGUGGCUCUACUCUUGGUUCAGAAAAUCCAGCAUCCAACAUGCCCACCGUCAGUUACUUGAAUCCAGGCUACGGUACACAAUACAUCAGUCUGUUUAAUCCAACAGUUGGUGCUCCUUGGAAUCCUACUGUAGGUGCUGCUGCUCCAGGACAAAUAUCAUACAUGAGUCCUACAGUGGGUGCCCCAGCGCCAACACACAUAUCCUAUGUGCAUCAAUUACCUGCCUACACAGCUAUACCAAUGAUUCCAAGCACGAUGAUGAGUAGCUACGUACCCCAGAUGCCAGCUACUACUUACAUUGUUGGAUCCCCCAUGUCAAUGCCAUUUUACAAUACUGCUUCAUCUCCUAUGGGUAUGCAGCAGUCGGAUACUACUUUGGAAGAGACCUUUAAAUACGAGCCUGAUCAACAUGUUGGAAAGGCUAAACCAGCAGAGAUUCCAGCUUUGAAGCAGCAGAAAAAGAUAUGCAAAAAAUCCAAUCAGGAAGAAGCUGCCAGGAAAAUCACCAGAGAUGUCAAAGGAUUUUCGGAGUCCAUUACUGAUGAAGAACUUGAGAAGCAGAGUAAAAUGAUUGAAGCUGCAAACAAGCAAGCCGAACAAAAUACAACGGAGCUGCCCAAGAUUGAUAGAACUACAACUCAGAGACCAGCAAUUGAAAAAUCAUCAGGUCAAAAGACAAAAGUGGAAAGGUCAGCUGCGAGAACCGAUAAAGCAAAAUCUGAAAUGAUAGGUAAAAUCAAACAAGCAAAGGAAAUUACAAAGAAACUCAAAGGUGACAAGAAGUUAAUCAAGAGUUAAAUUUUUACUUCUGUAAUUAAUGUUAAAUGACAGAUAAGAACCACGCAUAUUUUGUAAUAUAGACUUUUGUACUUUAAUAUAAGAAUUUUGUAAGAAACUUUUAUAGUUACAAUAAACUAAACAUUUUAUAAAUGAAGUUCACAUA